UGGGUUUACACAGGUUUGACGGACGUUUGUGUGUGUGUGUUAGUGCUUCUAGCGAAGAAUGUAUUUUGACAUGAUGACGGGACGAUGCAACCAAAAUCACGUUAGAUAACGACCCUGUUAUCGCCAUACAGAGAUAGUGCUAUUAGAAUCGCACAAGCAAGACUGAUAUUUUGGGAAACAAAGGGGACAUCUAAUCGUUUUCAUUUUAGUGUGUUAUUCUCACGUAUUAUUGCAUCUGACGUGGGAGAUUUGAAAAUCACCGAUGGCGUCAAAAUCUAGGGUCUCUAUUCUGGAUUACUUCAAUAUCGUCUGUGAGGGGGAGAAUGGCAAGAUUGAAUCAAACUGCAAAGCUUGUGGCACCAGGAUUCAGGCUAAACGGACUGUUACUUCUAACUUUGUUACUCAUCUAAAGCGCAAACAUCAGGCCAUGUAUGAUGAGUUUGUGAGGAAGAAAGAUGUAAAAAAGGAGGCAAUGCAGACAUGUGCUGGCCCUGCAGGUGGCCGAGUGAUCUCUCAAAAUGGUGCUGGGAUGAGCAAAUUUGACUAUAGUGACCCUCGCCAGUUGCUCAUCUCUGAGGCCAUUGCCAAGAUGAUCAUCCGAGACCUGCAGCCAGCGCAGAUUGUGGAAUAUGAGGGCUUCUGUGAGUUGCUUCAGCUCCUGGAGCCCCGAUACAUUCCAGUACCAUGCCAUUAUGUCCAACAGCAGCUUCUGCCAGCCUAUGUCUCUCAAGUGCAGCUAGCCGCCAAGCAGGCUCUAAAAGGGGCAGAGUCCUGCAGUAUGGCCCUUGACAUGUGGAGAAGCAGCACUGUUAGUGCUGGGUAUCUUGGAGUGACUUGCCAUUUUAUAAAUGCAGAUUGGCAUAUUAGAUCCGCUCUUUUGGCAUGUUUACCUCUUCCGGACCACCGAAACCCCCAGCAAAUGCUCACAGAGUUUGAUGAGAUCUCAGAAUCCCAUGACAUUUCUGGGAAGGUGUUCAGAGUUGUUGCUGACCCAUUGCCUUGUGCAGACAGAUCUGCCUUUCAACUUCCUGGGUUCCAUCUCAUUGGGAAUGGUGAGGAAGAAGAUGGUAGCGAUGGUAGCGAAGAGACAGUUGCAGGAGGAGAUAAGGCUAUUGGGGGCAAUGAGAAUCACAAGUCUUUAGAUCAGUGUCUUGGUCAAAGUAGGAUUGACUGCUUUGCUCAAUUACUAGAUCAAUGUGUUAAGGAAGGAGUUUGUGCUUCCCCUCAGAUAUCAGUUCCUUUAAGCAAAGCAGCCCAUCUGUACAACUAUAUAAUUGCUACAGUGGCUCCUGAAAAACUUGUCCAUGUGUUUGGCUUUAGUAGCGCCUCUACAAAUGAGCAAGAAUCUUCAGACAAGAACUGGAAUGUGCAGUUAAAAAUUUUGCGUCAGAUGAUAGAGUCAAUGUAUUUCCUUGAAGACAUUGUGGACCGAAAUGACUUAGUCCUCGGUAACUUAGAAAAAGCUGUACUGCGGGAGCUGGUUGAGCUUUUGGAGCCUUUUGAAGAGGCCUCAGACAUGGUCCAGGGAGACAAGCACGUGUCCAUCAGCCUAGCCCUGCCUUGCAUAUUAGGUCUUCGCAAGCAUCUGGCAGAGGUCAUAACUCACCAUUGCUCAGGGAUUGUGAUGGGAUUGUCUCAAGCUCUGGACCACAGACUCACUGGCAUUCUUGAGGACCCUCUAUAUGUAACAGCCACAACCCUGGACCCACAGUUUAAGCUCUCCUGGAGCAGUGACAGUGACUGGCACAAACAGGUGUUGCUGGAAGAGGUUGGAAAGCAUAUCCGGCCAUUGAGUCCACUAGAACAUCACUCAGAGGCUCAGUCAUCUCCAUCCAAACGUUGCAAGCUUUUCUCAUUCAUUAAGCAGAGGCCAUCUACUCAUGCCAAGACUGUGGAGCAGGAGCUGUCUGCAUAUCUCCAUGAAGAACCAACAGAUGAGGAUCCAUUACAAUACUGGAAACGCAAGUCCAUAGAUUUCCCUUUGCUUUCACAAGUGGCCAAGAAAGUGUUUACUGUACCAGCAACAACCACAGCAGUGGAUAAAAUAUUCAACCUGGUUAGCAAGACCCUCGCACCAGAGCAAUGUCGACUUCUGCCAAAAAACUUGGACACACUGAUUUAUUUAAAGGCUAACUAUAGGAUACUUUGGUCCUAGCUGCAAAGAAAGCUUUACAGCAAUUGUUAUUACCUUCUUUCUUUUUACUAAUAUAAAACCAAACACCUCAAAUCCUAAAUGGGGAUUGUGCCUGAUAUAUUUGUCAGUACAAAUACUGUAGAAUUAAAAAGUAACAAAAUAUCUGUAUUGUCAGCAAAUCAUUAUUUUAUAAAUGAUUAGUGAAUAGUUUGAUUCUAGAAUAGGCUAGGCUUAAUUUAAAUUAUAUUCUAUUAUGGGUAGCACAUUUUAUAAUAACCUUUAUUAAUACGUUAGCAAAUAUUAUUUGAUGUUUAUCAGAUCACUAGUUCAUGUACAUUCACAUAUUUAUGAAAGUAUGAUAUAUUUUAAUAAAGAUUGUUAUAAAGUGUUACCCUAUUAACUGCCUUUGUUACGGAGUUCUUAUGUACUCAAAAGACAUAAAACACCUUGUUCUGUGUAUUCAUUUUUAACCCCAAUAUAUACUUAAACACAACAGAGUCUAAUAAGUACAGUGCACAAUGCUCUAUAUCCAUCAUUAAUUGUUAAAUAUUUUCAUAUGAACUCAUUUGCAAUCAACAUGUUAUAUAAUUCAAGAAAAAACGUUCUUGCAACAAAAUGCUUUCUUAAAAUGUGUCAGAAAACGAAUGGAAAAUAUUCCACUAAACAUUAUUAAACAUUUGGAUAAAGGUAUGCUUUGUAAUCAUUAAAAAGAUGAAUUGGUCAAAUAGAGUUACAAUAUGGCUUACAAGCAUUUUGUGUGGGUUCCUAAAUCGUGCCUGCAAGAAAGCCUGCAGCAGGCCCUGUAAUUGAAAAUAAUUACAUUUCAGGACUGUGGGGAAUUGGAGAAAGCUGAUGGUGGACUGCAGUCUCUCCCAGCUCGGAGGGCUGAAUGGAGAGCAAUCAAAAUGUUUUUUUUUUUUUUGAAUAUAUACAGUAGUUGAUGUGGGACUUUUUGUUUUUGUGUGGAAAAAGAUAGACUUUUCCAUUUCAGUAAAAAGUGU